AUGGAAGACAAUACAAAUUCUGUUGAAGAUUAAAUUAAGAAUAGGGUAUUUUCAUAUAAAAAAUUAUAUCAGAGCUUAUUUGUUGAAGGAUCGAAUCUCCUUAAGCUAGAAAAGGAAGAGCUUUAGGAAUUUAUUUACGAAAAUUAUAGAAAUUUUAUAGCACUUCAAGGGGAAUAUGAUGAGUUUUUUAAAGAAUUUGGUGAAAUUAAAUCUAAUUUUUCUUAGUUCGAAAAUAGCUUAAAAUACAUUUUUGAGAAUGUAAAUGAAGUGAGGUAAAGAAAGUUAAUGGUAAUGAAGAAAAAAAUUGAAUAAAAGCAUUCAUAUAGUGAUUCAGAUGACAGUGAAGAUGAAAAAGAUGAAAAAUAAAGCAAAAAUAGUGAAUCAGAAGAAAGCGAAGACUCUAGUGAUGAUAAUGAAGAUAAUUAUUCGAGAUUCUAAAAUCAGUAGAAAUUAAAAAAAGAAAAGGAAGAAAUGGCUGAAUAAAUUAAUGAAUUUCUUGACAAUAUUAGCAUUAACACUUUUGAAAAGAAUUACAAUUAAGCAAUAUAGGCAUUAGAAGUUUUACAAAACAUGAAAAAAUCAGAAAAAUAUUCACUCUAUCUAAAUUAAUUUGACAUAAGAAAAACUUUAGAAACUCAUUAUCAGACUCUUGUUGAUUCGAUAGUAAACGAUCUGAUUUCUGAAAACCCUUUAACAAAAUUAUAGGAUUUAAUAUAAUAUUUGAAAGAUACAAAACAAACUUAGAGAGCAGUGGAAGGCUAUUUAGAAAUAAAAAAAAGAAAUUUAGCACAAUUGAUUAAUAGCAAAAUUGCUUAGGUAGGAAAAUUAGAAGCUGAAAAUACAGUUUAAAUUACUGAAGAGUAUGCAAAUUUCAUCCUGUAAGUUUAUGGUGAAUUCAGUCUUCUCUUUUUAGUAACUAUAAUAAAAUUAUUAAUUUUUAAGCUUUAUUUAUUUAUCUUUAAAAGAAAAGUGAAGAAAAUGUCUACUUUAAGAGCUUUAUUUGUAAUUGGAUUAAUUAAAGUUGCUCUGUCUUUUUCUGUUGUAUUCAAUAAAAUAUAUUUUGGGGCUCCGAGUUAGAAGAAAUAUUGGAGAAUGUAAAGCUAAUUUCAGAUGUCCUCUAUUAAAAAGAAAAUAAAAACGUUAGCUUAAACUUUAUUAUUCAAAGGCUCUUCGUUGAUGAAUUAGAAUGUAAAAUGGAUGAAAUGUUUGUAGCAUAUGCAUAAAGGUUAACUAGAAUGCAAAAUGUUGAUGAUUGAAAUCGGAAAUCCUGAUCUAUAACCAGUUUAAUUUAUUUCUGAAAUAGAUAUACCCGAAGUAAAAAGGUAAAUUCUAGCUAAUGCAAAGCCUGUAAAAGAUCCUUCUAGAGACAAUUUAGAUAGUGGAUAUAAAAAAUAUUUAUUAGAAACAAACUUAAAAGGAGCAAGGCAUUCUAUUUUAUUUUGGAAUACAAUCUUUCAAUUAAUCGAUAAAGUCGUUUAAAAUGUAGACAUUGACUCUAGAAGAAUAUUUUCUUCCUAACUUAUUGCCUUGAUAGAGAGUAAAAUCCAAUUAUUCAUAAGUGAGUAUGUUAACUCGUUCAAAGAGGUGCUUUCUAACGUAGCGAAUUUUACAGAAAAUUAAUUACUUGCAGCUUGUGCAAAUAUAAAUACUUGCUUGUAAUUCUCUAAAUUUGCUAAAAGAUACGAAUCAAUUAAGCUUAGACCUCAUAUAAAGCUAGACCACGAUGCUUGGGAAAAUUAGUGGAAGAAAUAAAUAAAUUUAGUUUACAACUCUUGCUUCGAUUUAGUUUUUUCAUACUUUAAAUUUAAAAUUUUAUUGCACAUCCCUAGGCUAUUCUCAGAAUAUAGGAAAGUCUAUAUUGCUCCUUCUGAUAAGGAAUUAGGAAAAUCUCCAUCACCUUUAUUCAUUAAAAUUGCUUACAUCCUUGAAAAUAUCAAGGAUAAUUUAUCUUUAAUUAUGAGCUAAAAUGAUAUUAUAUUUUAUUUUAGUAAGCUUAUGGAAGCUAUAAAUUAUAUGAUUGAAUACAUAAUAUAUUGGGAGUACCAUUGGAUCCAAAAAGGAUAAAAUGUGUUUUUUAUGAGCUAAAAAGACAUUUAAAGACUCAAUUUAGAACCAUAUAUGGACUAAAUAAAUGUUUAUUUGUCUUAAAAUGCACUUCAGAUUAGUUAUUUUAACAAAGAAAAUAUGAAACAGUUUAUCUUCGAUAUUCAUUUCUUAGCCAUAUUAUUUAACGCUUAUCUAUGCAAAGAAUCAAAGCCUGAAGCUAAAAUUAAUAAUGAAAAGUUUCUCAAUAAAGCAAUAGCAUGCUACUGUAAAAGAAAAAACUAUAAUAUAAAAGAUUUUCCCUUUUCAUAGAUGGAUUAUAAAUAAAGUCUAAUGGAUUAUUGUAUUAAAUAAUAUAAAUCAGAUAUUAACUCUUUAAUUAUUAAAGAGAGAGAAUCAGUACUUGUUUCUCAAUCUUAGGGAUUACAGUAAAGCAAAUCCACUAAUGGACAGACUAAUGUUUCAUCGUUUACUGGAUCUGGUAGAAAUUCAAUUAAAGAGAGAAUUUUUGCAAUUAAUCUAACAAUGCAAAAAAAUUAUUGA